UACUGAGAUUCAAACAAGAAUAUUUGGAUUAUGAGAGAACAAACCGACACCACUGUUAAUCAGUUCAGUGUUUCAGCGUCUCUUGCCUUCUCAAUGCAGCAAGUUAUCAGUGUCUGGGUGCGGGACCCACGUAUACGAAAGAACGACUUUUGGCAUGCCUACAUAGACUAUGAAAUUUGUUUACAUACAAACAGCGUGUGCUUCACCAAGAAGAUCUCAAGUGUGAGAAGGAGGUACAGUGAGUUUGUAUGGCUCAGGCAGAAGCUACAAGCAAAUUCACAGCUAAUGUUACAGUUGCCAGAGCUGCCCCCAAAGAACCCUUUCUUCAGCCUGAACAGCGCCCAGCAGAUCACUGAACGGAUGAAAGGGCUCCAGACGUUUUUGGAACAGACCCUCCAGAGUCCCCUGCUGUUGUCCGACAGUUGCCUGCAUCUUUUCCUGCAGUCACAGCUAAGCCCGUCCAAGAUGGAGGCCUGUGCUGCUGGAAGGACCCACUACUCUGUGGCCCAGGCGGUCCAGCACUGUGGCCUGAGGCGAUUCCACUCUGAAGAGGAUCUGCAGAAGGACCUCAGCAUGUCCUGUGACUCUGACUCAGACGGAUCAGAGUGUAGAGAUCCAGAGCUUCGGAUUAAAGAUUUGGCAAUAAACAAAGCAGAGAGUACAGCUUCACUUGAUCUCAUGGGAACCAGCCAGGAGGAAACCCACAGCUGCUUAUGUGGUUCUACAUGAAAACAUCAUCAUCAUAUCAUCGGCACAAAUGUUUGGACCUGUGAACAAGAAAUGUGCCUCUUACCCCAUCAUACUGCACCUUUGGCUAUGUGGUUGCUCCUAAUUAUUUCAUUUGUAAAAAAGUUAUACUUUAUUAUGUUCUCAUUGGAGCAUUUCACUUUGUAACAUGUACAGUAAAUAGUAACAACAAUUUAACUAUUGUAUAUCCAUAAAGGGUUGUUUACCAGUAUGUUCUGUCUGCACAGCUAUAAAGUUGUAGCAACAAGUUUCCUGAAGAUGGCAGUGUUGUUACAUCAAUCUGUUUGUAUAUUAAUUUAUCCCAUGAACAUAUAACUGUCCAUAUUCACUUCAUAAACACGCCUAACAUUCAUCACUGGUUAUGGUCAUUCACAAGGUGUAUUUUUUGCCAGAUAUGUGCAGAUAACAAUGCAAUACUUUAAGCAGUGACAGCCUGAUGUCUCUCUCUGUGGUUGAACUCCCCCUCCUAAUAAA